AGAGCGACGGUGCAAGGAGCAGCCAACGUGAUCCGUGAUCGCCAGGCAGCCUGGCUAAAGGCGUAGGUGGCGUGCGGAGCCCAGCAGACUUUAGCCACCUCCAUGGCCGUGUGUGCCCUGACCCGCACUCUGGGCUCCCUGAGACUGGGGUCCCCAGCCGUCGUCAGCCCCGUCCCGAAUCUGUUCCCCGCCUCCCAGGUGAUAAGCAAUGCCCUCCUCCAACUGCCCUCUGCCUUGACAUUGCUCCCCUGUCGCCCGGUCGUUACCUCUAUGACCCUUAAUGCCAAGUUUGUUUCCUGGAAGAAUGUUACCAAGUACACCGUUAAACCAGUGAAGAUGCGGAAGACUGGGGGCCGGGACCAUACAGGCCGCAUCCGCGUGCACGGUAUAGGCGGGGGCCACAAACAGUGCUAUCGCAUGAUCGACUUCCUGCGUUUCCGGCCUGAGAGGGAGACCGAGCCAGGACCCUUUAAGGAGAAGGUUGUCACAGUCCGCUAUGAUCCCUGUAGGUCAGCAGACAUAGCUCUGGUUGCUGGGGGCAGUCGGAAACGCUGGAUCAUUGCCACAGAAAACAUGCAGCCUGGAGAUACAAUCCUGAACUCGGACCAUAUAGGUCGAAUGGCAGUUGCUGCCCAGGAAGGGGAUGCACAUCCUCUUGGGGCCCUGCCUGUGGGGACCCUCAUCAACAACGUGGAAAGUGAGCCAGGCCGGGGAGCCCAGUAUAUCCGAGCUGCAGGAACGUGCGGCGUGCUGUUGCGGAAGGUGAAUGGGACAGCCAUCAUCCAGCUGCCCUCCAAGCGGCAGAUGCAGGUGCUGGAAACGUGCAUAGCAACGGUAGGCCGAGUGUCCAAUGUUGAUCACAACAAACGGGUCAUCGGCAAGGCCGGGCGCAACCGCUGGCUGGGCAGGAGGCCUAACAGCGGGCUGUGGCAGCGCAAGGGGGGCUGGGCUGGCCGGAAGAUUCGCCCGCUGCCGCCCAUGAAGAGUUACGUGAAGCUGCCCUCCGCGGCUGCCCGAAGCUGACAUCCCUGACUAAUAAAACGCCUCCCCAUUUUUAUCCUUUA